UAUUUAAAAUGAUUUAUUCUAACGGAAAUAAAAUAAUGGGGCCAUUUUUUUUCUUAAGUAAAAUAUUUGGUCUCCUUCUGGUAAAAGAACAAGUGAUUUCAUUGAACAAUCAGCAAAAUUCAAGGGAUUAUGUACACACAAUUUUUUUACCGGAUAGAUCCUUUUUGGCAUACAGUGUCAUAAUAAUUGUCUACCUUUAUUGGUCAUUUCAAAAUUGUAUUCAGUUUAUAGUAUGGUCAAAUUUUUCAACAGAACAAUAUUCGUCUGUAAUGGAGUGGGUUGUAACCUGUGCAAGUAUUGUUCAAGCCAUAGUAUCUGUUAUGAUAGCUUGCUUAUAUCGGUUUAACGAAACAUCCUCAGUGCUCAAUCAAAUGUUUCAUUUACAUUCUCAGCGACCAUCAAUAUCAAACAUUCAGGAUCAUAAAAGCACUAUGCUUUAUUUUGGAAUAGUUACUGGACUAAUUUUUAUUCGAAUAUUUGCGGUGGUGCUAUCAAGGCCCGAUAAUUUUAUGUUCAAAGAAACAGUGUUAUGCCUACCGGCACUUCUAAUACCAGUAAUGGUCGAGUGCGACAUAGUUCAAGUCUGUGUUGUGUUUGAUGACACCUGCCGACAAAUAGUCCAAGACCUGAAUACCUUAUGCAAUUGCAGACAUUUGGCCAAAAGCAGACAACUGAAAAUUCUUUGGGAAAAACAUUGGCAAUGUUGUCAAUUGAUUAACACCGCAUCGAAGUGUUACGGACUCGACUUACUUCUUAACAUGAUUGCCUCUAUGUUAUCAUUCAUAUUCUAUACAUAUAUAACGUUGAAAUCCGCAUAUGCAUUAACUCUCGACGACCCUUAUAAAUUAUUUUGGACUAUUGGAUUAAUAUGUCAGUUGGUGAAUGUCUCAUUUCGGAUAGUUUUUGUGUCAUAUCAAGCCGAUAAAAUUAAGCAUGUGGCAGAAAACUUAGUAAAGAUAUCACUGAGAGAAGUUCUAAAGUCUUGUAGUGAUGACGAUACUUCAAGUAUUAUCGUUAUUAAUUUAUUUACCAAUCAAGUAAUCAAAAGAGACAUAAAAAUAUCAGCUUGUGGAUUUUUUUCAAUCAAUAUGUCAUUGAUUCACGGACUCAUUCAAUUGGCCACAACAUAUUUGAUAGUUAUAAUUCAAUACAGUUCUAAGUCCAAAACAAAACCUUGAUUUUAAUUCAAUGAAUAAGUAAAUGAUAUACAGGUA